CAAAUGCCGAGGGCCCCUGGUGAGUGGUGAGUGUAAGGAUGUGUGAGCAUAGACCCGGUACAGUAGAAGACAAUGGGGGCUGGGGCCAUGAUCAACAAAAGGCCUUGAUCACCCAAAUCCUGCAAAAGGAACGCAAGUACCAGAGGUGUAAAAAGUGAUACAGCAAAGAGAGGAGAGAGAGAAGGGGACAGAAUGAGGAAGAGAAGGAGGGAGGAAGGGAGAGAGAAGGGAGGAGAGCCACUCUAUCUCUGUCUGCCUCAGCAAUCCACAAAUUCAAGUGGGAACAGUAACCAAAACUUAUACUAAAGAUAAGUAUUGUUACACUGUCAAGUAUAUUACAUAAAUGUGCACUAUGUAACUUUUUCCUUUGCUGGAAUGUUCCACAGUAUGACACCAAACAGCUCUACCUUGCAUUUAUUAAAUUGCAGAUGGUUUUAUAGCUCAAAAGCAUUUAAAAGAACAGGCCUCUCCACUGUAACUUGGUCUGAUUUGGUCUCCAUGAAGAUAGAAAGGUUUAAUUAAUACUAUGCUGGGAAACUUUCAACACAAAGCAAUAACAUUUCCACUAGACCCUCCAACAGAAAAGUUACACAAUGCACCUCAAAGUAGGAGUAAAAGUAUGGACUCUUCUCCCACCUCGCAGUCAUAAUCUAACGCGUCAUUAUCAAAAUAGAGACGCAAACUUGUUUUAAUAGUGGCCAGUUUGCGCAUCUCUCCAGGCCCUUGACAGUAACCUUGAAUUUAAAUCGUGGAAGUGGAGCUUUCAUUGACAAACACAAACAUAAAGUUGUUACUAACACCACAUUGAGCGGUACCUGCAGAGCUACACGGUCGUUCUUUUAUCCCGUACGUGUCAGAACCAGUGGCUUUUGUUCCCACUUGAUUUCACAUUGAAAUUGACCCUGGCCAGAGCGACCCGAGGUGGAGGAGGGGGGAUGAGGGAGCAGAUAGAGAUAGAAAAAGAGGGGGGCAGGGAUGGUGUUUCGAUGCGUAAAACAAAAAACAGAAUAGCGAAUAGCAGAUCGAUGAUUUCCUGAAGGAGGCGCGGCUUAUUACCGGAGCACCGAGCGACCUGGCGCAGCGCGUCGCGGUAGAAAGCACUUGUGGAGCGACGAACACCAUGGACUAAACUCCUCUUUGGACUUAAACAAAAAAACAACCUAAAUAAUAAUAAUAAUAAUAACGUGUGAUUUGUUUUAAGCUCUGUCCUUUUUGGGGAAUAUAAAGUUGUUUUUUUUUCGCGGACGCACGCUGCUGUUUUUGGAGAAUCCGUCUCAUCUCAUUGCCAGCAUGCUUGAGCGGAGUGAGGUGGUUGUGUCUGUGCUGGGGGAGCUCCAGGAGGCCACGGAGCUCACGGGCCUGGCCGCUCUCACCAAAGUAGCCCAGAAUGUGUCUCCGGUGCUGGGUUCAUUCCCCCUGCCGCCCUCCCCCUGUCUGGAUGUACCUGAGUGGGCCGGGGUAGAUUCUCUGGCCCACAGGCUGUACCCGUCUGAUGCGCCCAGAGGUCUGCUGCCCUUGAGCUGCAGAGGAGAGGGCAACAUGCUGUUUGAUGCAGUCAGUAUGCUGCUAGUGGGGAGCACAGGACUUAGCCUGGAGCUACAGGUUCGCACGGUUGUGGAGAUGGCCAUGUGGAAGCGGUACUACCUCUGUGGGAUGAUCGACUCCAAAAUGAUGCUCCAGGCGGUGCGCUUCAGUCUGUGUGUAGAGGAGUCGGAGGACAUGAUAAACCUGCCCGCUAAUGUCCUGGAGGCUAUUUUUGAUGCUGACGUGAAAGCUUCCUGUUUUCCCGGUUCCUACGCUAACAUGUGGCACGUGUACGCGUUAGCUUCCGUGCUACAAUAUAACAUCUUCUCCAUCUACCCCAUGUUCAACCUCAAAAUCAGGCCUUACUUCCACCGCAUGAUCCGACCCAGAACAUGGCCACAGGAUUCGGAGAUACAAACGUUGCAUGUGAUGUGGUCUGGCGAGCUGCAAUCAGAGUCCAUUUUUAGACCGGAUCAUUUUGUAGCGUUGGUGCAAACUAGCAGCAUGGCGUGCGGAAGUCCCAUCAGCGAUCCUAGUGCAUCUCCGGCCAAAAGUGACGAGCUACUCAACGAACCGCGAAUGACCUACCCGAAUAUGAAAGAUAAGUAUAACAUCACGAAAAGAACCUUCUACAGAUGGAAGAGACAAACCCAGGAGCAUUGCAAGAAGUCCACAGCUCGAUAUGAGGCGAAAUAUUUCCUCCAAGCAUGUUACAACGAAGGCAAGCUCAUCCCACUGCACCAAUUCAAGCUGUUUUUUCCAGAGAUUUCACGUUCUUCUUACUACAACUGGAAGCAAGAGCUGCUCAAAUCCGGCGGCCAUUUUUCCGUGUCUUCCUCCUCCGGUGAGAUAAGUCCAGGAGAAAGCACGGAGCAAGAAGCGUGGUCCUCUCCUGAUCCGAAAGAUGAUGAUAUUGAGCAUCACGACAGCGUAGCGAGCAUGUUCGGGCUCAGCAUGGGCAAACCGGACACGGAAAGGGCGCAGAAUGUGGCGAACAUGCAAGAAGCUAAGCGCUGCCUGCAAAACUGCAUCGCGAUGAAUGCGUCGUUCCCCUUUCGCAUUUUCAAGAGGAACUUUCCAGGAAUCUCAAGAUCGACCUACUACAACUGGAGAAGAGAGGCCAUGAUGUGUAGCCGUGGUUACAAAGGCAGCGCUGGAAGCAGUGAUGAUGGUUCGGAUGGCGAUAAGAGCCAAAGCCCGAAACGCUUUUCCCCCAUGAUCUCAGUCUUCAACUCCAAUCCCAUCCGGCCUAGACGAAGAGUUUGCAGGAGGAAGAACAAGAGUUUACGAAUGGCGUACAUCGGCAAGAAGCAAAUCCGGAACGCUGCCAAAUGCUACAUCCUGAAAUCCAAGUGUUCCCCUGCGAAAUUCAAACUGAAAUUUCCCAACAUGUCUCUUUGCUUCUACUGGCUCUGGAAAAAUGCUGGCAAAGCUAGUAAGCUGCCAGCCGAUAUGCCCGUCCCAAGCACGGAAGAAAUUGUGAAUGUUGCUCCAAGCCUGGUUACAGCACCAUCGGAGAUGGUCCCAAUCAACCAAAACAUGGCACCAUAUUUCGAAAGCCCUCCUUACAUCCAGAAGGCACCCAUGGCUUCUUCCAUGGCACUUCCAAAGCCCGCGAUUCUCUCCCAGAUGCCCGCCGAAGAGCAGACGUACGGCCUGGAUGUGGUCGCUAUGGCCAACUUCAAGGCCAAAGCGAAAUUGUUUCUGCAGCAACGUUUUGAGGAGAAGUCUUUCCCAUCUUUCAAGGAGUUUCGUUCAUACUUCCCUUACACCCCGCGAUCUACUUACUACAUGUGGAAGAGAGCUUUGUACCAUGGUGUUUCACUGAUCCAUGGAUGAGAAAACGUGAUUCACUCCAUACUGAUCAAAAGACUGUGUACAUACAUGCCCAGAGAACUAUGAACUACCUACCUCAACCCAAGGAGAAUUUUAAUUACUGGAUUUUAAAAAGUUAGAAAUUUGGAAAAACUACAUCUUGAUCGCCAGUGUAGCCCGGCAGGUAACUGGCAGCUCAAAAUAAUUGCUUUUUAAUUCCAAGCUCCUUCUUUGGUACACUGCAAAAAAUAUCAAAAUUGGUUGAGAUGACUUGAAUGCUGAACUUCAUUGGCGUUGAUGUGCUAUUUGUGGUGUUUUAAGGAUUUUUUUUUUUUUUUAGUUGGCAAUUCUUCCCAAUGGUUGAAUAAUUAAUAGAAAUAUAAUUGGAAAAAAGUUAAGUUAAAUUAAGUAAAUACAUUUAAACUGGUCAAAAGUACAGCAACAAAUUUAAAUUUUGUACUGAAGUCAUUUUAAUUUCAUGUUUUUUUUAGUGUACACUUAAGUCAAUGCUAAGUAAUACUUGGUUUUCAUUGUGCUAUGAUUGUAAUUGCUGUUAUGUAUUUUGUUAAUGGUUUUCCUAAUCAAAAUAUGAGUUCACUGUUCACAAUGGUGUUUUUGAAUGUACACAUUAUUUUCCAGUUUCACGAAAUGCACCGAAACAAGUUGCUUUUAAUUAACUUCUUUACCUUCACAUCACUUGCACUGAUCAUUUGUCACACUACAAAUGUUCCAUGGGUUUGCACUCUUCAGUUUAGUUCUUUUUACAUGAAUUUGUUACUUGAAACCUGUGUUAAACAAGAGCUUUAUUUUUUGUAUACACCUUUCUGAACUACCUGGCUGUCUAUUUUGCGCAGAUGUACCAAACGCUGUGGGGUUUAGCUGGGCGGACUGUAGUUUGGUAUUUAUUUUUUGUAUUCUUUAACAGUAUGUGGUCAGUAGUGAUGUUUACUGAGGGCUUGAUGUCAAUAAACUAUUGGCCGACAUACAA